CUAAAGUGAUAAGCAGGUGAAGACUCUCGCAACAGAUACUGUCACAAACCAAUAGUCUCUUCGUUCAUCUGUUCUGGAAAUACCCGAGAGCCAAUGAAGUAAGGCAAGGGGAAGGACGAGGGACCAGCAGAACUUAGGAGAAGUGGAGAUGCCCUAGAGAUUCUCUCUGCCUGCCAAGCUGCUGCAGGGCCGUAACCCUCCGCUUUUUUGUGCGCACUGGAGGCUGCAGCCGUGCUGUUUCUGGUGCCAAGUCUCUCUGUAGUGGUGUUGUCAAAAUGGUGAUCAAAGUGUUUGUGGCAACGUCCUCGGGGUCGACAGCAUAAUGAAGUUGAUUGCCCCAAGAAUAGAGGAUGCCCCGGCUAGAUGGAGGGAGAAGAUGGCUAAGUCUACAGACGGGCCGGAGUGAACUAAGUUUCCGGAAAGGAAUUAAAAAAAAACAGCAAGAAGUAGUAGGUUUUUUAGAGGCCAACAAAAUUGAUUUUAAGGAAAUGGACAUAGCCUGUGAUGAAGACAACCGGAAAUGGAUGAGAGAAAAUGUUCCGGGUGAAAAGAAGCCACAAAAUGGGAUUCCUCUCCCUCCCCAGAUAUUCAAUGAGGAACAGUAUUGUGGGGAUUUUGAUUCAUUUUUCUGUGCAAAAGAAGAAAAUUAUAUUUAUUCAUUCCUAGGACUUGCUCCUCCCCCAGGCUCAGUGGAAGGGAGGAUUACAGAGGAAGUAUUGACUGUGCCAAAUGGGGAUAUUUCUGGAGAAGAGAACAAAAUUGCAGAGGAGACUGAAAAAUCUUCAGUUACCGAAGAAAAUGAGAUACAAGCAGAAGAUGAGGUUGAGGCCACGCCUGAGACUGAGACUGAGGGUGAAGCUCAGGCUGAGGCUACUGAAGCACAGGAAGCAGGACAGGAGGAAGAGGAGGAAAAAAUGAAAGAAGAGGAAGAAGAAGAGGAAGACGAAGAGGAAUCUUAGUACAUUUGUUUGCUACUUUUUCUUCAGAUGUUUCAGGAACUGGGAACUGAUGAUAUCACUGCAGAGUGAAGACAACAAUCACUUUUCCUCCAUGCAACUAUGCAACUCCAGAUAUCAGCACAGAUAUAAUUUGAGACAUUAAGCAGCUCCACAUGUGAACUUUCUACAUAAAUUUUGUUGUGUUGAAUAUGUA